UGUUAAAAGUUAAGUAAAUAUUUUCACAAACACUUAAUAUUUCUGUUUAAUAUAUUUUAGGUUUUCUACUGAUAGCAACGAUAGAAUAAUAGCCAUUGCUAUGAUAUCGUCUGAAGGUGAAGUUCUUGACUUUCGAAAUCCAGUUUCUAUUGAAGGAAAAGUGGAAGAAUGGAUGAAUGCUAUUUUAAGAGAAAUGCGCAUGUCCGUAAGAUUUAUUACUAAAAGUGCCAUAUUUUACUACGGAAAAAUCAGAAGACCCAGAACCAAAUGGAUGUUUGAAUAUCAGGGAAUGGUAACCCUUGCUGGUAGUCAAGUAUGGUGGACAGCAGAAGUUGAAAAUGUAUUUACAAAAAUUGCGAAAGGUAAUAAAAGGGCCAUGAAAGAAUAUUUAUUUCAAUUAAACAAACAACUAGAAGAAAUUGUAAUUACUGUCAGAGCGGAACUCUCGUCAAAUGAUAGAGCCAAGUUUAGAACUAUUGCAAUUAUAGAAGUUCACUCAAGGUAA